AUGCGUUGGGUUUUGUACGCACGUCUUAUUUCCGAGAACGAAGAACUGGAUGAUUUGGCACGAAAGGGUGAACAAUUAUUGGAACGAUCACGAGAACGUCGUGCCGGUUAUAGGCUCAUCGACUCGGAGAUCGUUAAGGAGGGACCUGAGCCCAUCCCUCAGGCGUUCAAAGACCAGGUUCGCGAAAUGCUCGAAUCGCGAAACUCGCUCGAAACAUCAACAACACGAGAGAAUGACCGAUCUGGAUAUGUCACGGAUGUUUCAACUGCAACCUGGCAGUUCUCUACACAGUCGUUCUCGCCGCGGUCUAUUGUAUCAGUUAACGGUGCCAGAGAUGAUAUCCUCAAGGUCUGUCGAGACUCCCUAUAUACGCCUACGUAUUUUGAUAUCUUCCUAGAUUAUAAGCUUCGAAAAUUAUCGAUUAAACAGGCAAUGUCGUGCUUAAAAGAUGAUAAACCGAGGAGCAUUAUGAAGCGCCGAGAAUUAGAAACCAGAGACCGAAUGCUGCAUCCAUCAUCCGAAAAUGAGUUGAUCGAACACAAGAAAUAUCAACGCUCGCAGAGUAAUGUUAAUACUAAGCCUUCCGUCACAGAAACGGUGCAACGUUUCGAGGAAACGCGUAGAACAGAAGAAGUGGAACGACGAGUUCAGCGUAAGGAACGUCGUGAUCGUCGCUCUAGACAGUACUCAUCGUCUCGUCAUCAUAUGGUUCGCGACGGUUGGGAAAACGGUUACGGAUCUGAACGUCGCAUCGCUUCUGUACCUAUGCAAAGCAGCAUCGUCUAUCACGACUCGAAGCGUGCUAUGACUGAUGAAGAAAUCAACAAAGUUGUACGCGAAGCAUACGAAGCCGCCGAUGAAGCUCGUCGUCACCAUUACCCGCUGGCAGCUAGUAGUGCCUUUCAGGUACUAACAAUUUCAUCAGUAGCUGUACCGAACAUACCUCUUGGAUUCAUGAUUAUGUUCAGACAUUUCAGAUACUUUUCAGGUAUGCGCAGCAGUUCGCUUUCUCGAGGUGGUGCUAGCAAUGGGUAUCUCCCAUCCAGUGAGACCUACUACCGAAAAUCUACAACCAGAAGAGAAAAAGACCACAGAUACGAGGACGAGAACGUCGGUAGAGGACUUGCUCACGCUCGUUAUGGCUCCGUGAGCGACUCGUUGCGUCGCGGGGAGCUAAAAUAUAUUCCAAACGGUGAGGUUCAGGAAACACAGUGGGCGCAGAAUGGAAGUGGAAUACGCAACAUGCACAAGAGUUAUUCUACUCGUGAUAUAUUCAGCGGAGGUGAUCAGGAUCGCCGUUCAGUGUCUUCUUAUCGCCGCACCAGCCAGCAGAUGUCACCAUUCGUCGAGUUCCCACCCACGUUGCCCAGACGAAACCUAUCAUCUCAAGUUUUCAGCUCGGAUUAUGACACCUAUCGACCCGUGAGCAAAAGCCGCAGUUACGCAGAUUGGGAUGAUAUGGGAAGAGCGGGAUUCGGACGAGAAGUGAGACGAUACGACGAUGAUAUGUCGCGACUUGAGACAGAAUUCCGCGAUUCACUUCUCAUGCCUCUUCCGAAUGGAAACAUGCACGAAACAGAUCACCGAACGGAGCAAAUUCCGGGAGGGUAUGAGACAUACCACAGAGACCAUCGAGCCAACACCGGCAGACGCAUUGGAAAAGACGGUCUGCCUGUAGAUUAUAGGUAG